GUCAAAUCAAAAUCAAAAUCACAACCGAACCCAAAACCUCAACGACAAAUUUCCUUUUCGCGGAGGGACACUGUUCUGUUCGGUGUCCAGACAGAAAGAGACACUUUUUCCAAACCUCAAAAGCAGACCAGGUUUUUUUUCCCUUUCCUAAAACAAAACCUUCAAAACGCAAAACAAAGGUGAGCAAAAGAGAAAGAGGAGAAGGUAAAAAGAAAAAUGAUGGGUUUAGGUUGGGUGGCGAAUCAACAAUGCGGAAGGUGGAAAACAAGUCGUAUAUGGGGAGCAACGUUUCUGUGUUGCAUGUGCUUAGUCUUCUUCACUCCCUCAAUCCCUCGCUCUCCCAAGCACCACCAAUUCGUUGACAUGCGCAAUCUUUUCGGAGUACCCAACACGUUAAAUGUGAUGACAAAUUUCCCGUUUUUAGUUGUGGGUGUUCUGGGCUUCGUGUUUGCCUUGCAAGGAGGUGUCUUUAACAUAAGUUCCCAAGGUGAGGUUUGGGCAUGGGCACUGUUCUAUGCUGGAAUAGCAGGUGUGGCUUUUGGCUCUGCUUAUUACCAUUUGAAACCUGAUGACUAUCGUGUAUUGUGGGACACUUUACCGAUGAUGGUGGCCUUCUCCUCCCUUUUAUCUAGUUUGGUUGUUGAGAGAAUUGGCCAGAGGAUUGGGAUGUGUUGUAUGUUCGCAUUCGUUGUUGCUUCCUUUCUUUGUGUACUUUAUGAACGAAAUUAUAAUGAUAUUCGGUUCUGCAUGAUGUUCCAGUUGACUCUGCCUCUAGCUAUUCCAGUAAUAGCAAUCAUGUACCGCUCCAAAUAUACUCACUCGAGAUAUUGGUUUUUCUCUACAGGGGUUUAUCUGCUUGCAAAAUUUGAAGGUGUUACUGACAAGAAACUGUACCAUGUAAAUAACUACAUUAUCAGUGGACAUUCCUUGGAACACUUGGGCUUAGCUCUGAUCCCAAUUUUACUCACCGUAAUGCUCAUAUACAGGGAACUUAAAUUUCAAAGUUGAUCUUAAAGAUCGACCAUGAAGAGGCAGAGAGAGUUGAUGAUUGUUCAAUCAAUUGCUUCUGAAUGCCUGAGAUAUAUUGCAGUAACAGGAUGAGUGAAAAUGCCUUAGCAAUUAGGAUUAUGUAAACCAUGGUCCACAAACUAGGUGAAGUCCUCUCUCACAACUUGUAAGUCUGACUAGUUUAGCUGUAUAGUGGGGUCAAAAUUCCUUUAUCUUUAUUUAUAAAGGAAUCUCUGUUGACACCAAUCUGUUCUUGCCUGGUGGUUCGUCAUGUCAUGUGUAUGAGAGCCCGUGCAUUUCAGAUUAUGUAGGAUAUGUAUGAUAGAGGACCUGAGGUGACUGACAAGAGGUUUCUAACAUGAAUUGGUUUUUCUUUGUCAUUGUUCAUUGCCCUUCUGAAAAUUGACGGCAUUGAUUCAACAACGUGAGGUUUUGAGAAUCUUGUAAUUAGUCUCUAUUGAGUUUAUUUUUCUUGAAUUUGUUUAUUCGGACGUGAGAAUAACUAACAUGCAGAAAGCAUGAUAGAUUCUGUUGUGAACUUGCAACGGACUUAAGAUUGCGGUCUUCUAUGUUUGCUGUAUGGAUUUGUCAUGGAUGAAUCCAGAUGGCAAUAGAGGAUUCGGGAUUCACAUCAGCAAAGUUAGUGGCACGUGUUGGCGCUUUAGACGCACUUGGCAAAUAUAUGCUUUCUUCACAUGCUGUUGCCUUGUCCUUUUGUUUAACUUUUAUGCCUGCAUAUUUUAUGGCUCCUAACAUAUUCAUAAUCAUGUGGCUUGUACCCGUAUACACAUGAUUAUUUAUUUGUAUUACGUUCGGUGAUCUGUCGUUUACUUCUGGGUCCCCCUUCUCCAUUAUGGUAAGGAAGAUCAAAUUCGUUGUUUGGAACUUGAUUUCUUUUUAUUGUAUUUUAAUUUAUGAAAAAUGUUACUUGUGCUUACAAGAUUGAAAGAUUGUAAUAGUUAAAGGAAUCAGUAGCUCUAGCACUUGGUACAUACAUACAUACAUGCUUAAAAGCUUGUUCUUAAAACUAAUCUGGACAAGC